AUGCUUCAUCAUGCCAAACUGGACAAGUGUUUCUGGGCCGAAGCAGCGAUGACGGCCAUCUACGUCAAGAAUCGACUGCCGUCACCUAAAGUCGUGCACAAGACCCCGUUUGAGAUCGUCUACAACUUGGAAACCAAGCGUCAAGCACAUGCGAACAUUCGGAUGUCAGACGUACAUACUGACGCCUAA